AUUUCGAUUCUGUUCUCUCUCACUCCUCUCCCACCAACACACACGACGAGAACGAAACUGCACACCCACAAUGUGCGGCAGCGACAUCUUCCUCGGCCUCAUCGCCAUCCUCUUCCCACCCAUCGCCGUGUGGGUGAAGCGGGGCAUCUGCUCGGCAGACAGUCUGAUCAACAUCGCCCUCUGCUGUCUCGCAUACCUCCCCGGUCUCCUCCACGCCUGGUACAUCAUCUCCAUCUCCCCCGACCCGACCUACGAGCAAGUCGCGCAACAGGACGCCGAGCGCGGCAAUGUCACAUACUACUACGUACAAACCACCGGCCAGCCACAAUAUGCUGCACCACAGCAAGGACAGCAAGGCUAUGGAACAGUGAACGCCAGCACGCCGAAUGCACAGUUCCCGCAACAGCAGACGAAGCCUCAGCCACGUCCUGCACCGGCUGAUGUGCAGCCUCCGGCAUCGACGUCGCAGGCAGGACCGAGUAAUGGAACAGAUGAUGCUCCACCGCCAUCGUAUCAGCAGGCUACUGGGGAUAAUAAGAUUCAAGGGCCAUGAAGGACAGAAGGUAGAGGACGAGAUCUGUAUACGAAGAGAUGUGGCGCAGUCAUGGAUAUGGACAUGGAUAUAUGGAGUUUAAAGGGUUGUGCUUCGGGUAUGGAGAGUUUUACUUGAUCAGUAGAGCUCGUUCUACAGAAUUACGGUUGUAAGUAUGUAUCGACAGGAAAUGCGACAAGUUGUAUGAUCUUGUAGCUGUUGUCGUAAGACUUCGAUUACACCG